GGCGAGUAAAAAUUUAGUUAGCUGGCUAACAAGAUGGAAAAUAUAAUACAACUUUUUUCCAAACUUGCUCUAGAGAAAGGUUUUGACCCAAAUUUUGUGUUAAAGCCCAAACAAAUCAUUUGCUUUGAACAACUAAUUAAUGGAAACGAUACUCUUGCGGUUUUGCCUACUGGAUAUGGGAAAUCCAUUUUGUACCAGUUACUUCCUUUUGUAAUGCCUUUACAGAAGAAAAGAAACAUAGUGAUUGUUGUUAGCCCUCUCAACGCUAUCAUUGAGGAUCAACAAAAAAUUUUGAGCCAAAGAGGUGUAGAAGUUGCUACACUUACUUAUGAAAGGGAAGAAUGUACAGAAGAUCUUUUUGCACAUUUGAAUACGGAAGAUCCUGUCAAACCAAAUUUCAAAGUUUCACAUGAAAUAAAAAAUGGAGAUAUUGAUUUUUUAUUUGGACAUCCAGAAGCAUUUUUGUCACACACAGGAAGAAAUUUACUAAAAUCAAAAAUUUAUCAGGAUAAUGUUGUUGCAUGUGUAGUAGAUGAGGCACAUUGUGUGGAAUUGUGGGGACUGGAAUUUAGAAAAAGCUUUCAAGAUUUGGUUGUCUUAAACACCAUCUUUCAAGAUCGCCCUAUGCUUGCAUUAACCGCAACUGCGGGAGAUAAAAUGAUUUCCAAAAUUAUAAAAGACUUAUCUCUACAGAACUGCAAAAUUGUAAAAGCCUCACCAAAUCGUAGAAAUGUGUUUCUAAGUGUAAAAAAACGACUUCCAAACAACUAUGGUGUAAAAAGUUAUGAACAAAUUCUAUUACCAAUAGCAACAAAAUUAAACGAAACAAGACAAGAUUACCCUAUCACAAUUAUAUAUAUGGGUUUAAAAUAUUGUGGAUAUGCAUAUAAACUUUUUGAAAGGUUAUUGAAAAUCCCUUCUGUGAAAACGAGAUAA